AUGGAACUGAAUCUUUCAAAGAAUGUGAUUUCUUGUGGGGACCCAGGUGGGAUGGAUUAUGCGGCCACAAUCGCAGAGUUUGGGAGAUCGAAACAGCUCGAGCCGGCCCGCGACGUGGCCCCCGCGUUUCAUUUACCGAGAACUACAAACAGCAGUCGAGAAACUUUAGAGAACUCAAGCAGCGAGUCUUCAGACACAGAGUUGGCAGAAAAGGAGAAGAACGCUGAACACAGGAGCGAUGACGGGAACGCGGACGAUCCCAAAAAGAAGAAGCAGCGGCGGCAGCGGACUCACUUCACCAGCCAGCAGCUGCAGGAGCUGGAAGCCACUUUCCAGAGGAACCGCUACCCGGACAUGAGCACCAGGGAGGAAAUCGCCGUGUGGACCAACUUGACCGAGGCCAGAGUCCGGGUGUGGUUCAAAAAUCGCCGGGCUAAGUGGAGGAAGCGGGAGCGCAACGUGCAGAUGGACCUGUGCAAGAACAACUACCUGACGCCGUUCAACGUCAUGCAGCCGUAUGAAGAUAUGUACCCGACUUACAGCUACAACAACUGGACCAACAAGGGACUCACCCCGGCGCAGCUGUCCACCAAGAACUUCACCUUCUUCAACUCCAUGAGCCCCCUUACUUCACAGUCCAUGUUCUCGGCGCCCAACUCCAUCUCCUCCAUGACCAUGGCCUCCGGGAUGGGCCACUCCGCCGUGCCGGGGAUGCCCACCCCGGGCCUCAACAACAUCAGCAACCUGAACGGGAUCGGCACGUCCGGGAUCAACUCGGCCAUGUCGUCGUCCGCGUGUCCGUACGGGCCCCCCGGCUCUCCGUACAGCGUUUACCGGGACACUUGCAACUCCAGCCUGGCCACCCUCAGACUCAAAUCCAAGCAGCACCCAACAUUUGGAUACAGCAGCCUGCAGAGCCCCGGGUCCAGCCUGAACGCCUGUCAGUACAACAGCUGA